ACAUUUUUAGGUUAAGCUAUCAAAAUAAUAAAAAUGAAAAUAUUGUUAUUUUUGUGAAGAUAAUUGAAAAGAAACACUUAAUUAGUUAAAUAAUUAUGAUACCUCGAUAAUAUUUCCAAUUUUCUAAGCACCAUUGGAAAUGGAAAAUUUGUUGGAAGAACUCGGCAUACCGAAGAGAUAUUUCAAAUCGACCUCUAGAGAAGACAAAUUUAUCGCUUUAGUUCACAAAUCUUGGUUAAAGUCACUUGUAAAACACUCGAAACUGUCGGAGUUUACGGAGAAGACCAAAUUGGAAGCUUGGGGCGAGCUGGAUGAAGAUAUCGGAAUCGGUUGGACGAAAAUAUUUGUGCGUGUUUUUAAGAAACGAGAUGUCAAAGUUAUACCACUGCCCAGAACGCGUGCAAGCGAAACCAACGAGGCUCCUUUGCUAUUUCCGCAGUUGCUCCAGUAUGUUUCGAUGACAAAUUAUAAGAACUUGUGGAAAGAGGCGUAUAAAAAGUAUAAUUGCAAUUUGGAGUCGACUAAGGACACUCAGGUCACCUUAACGGAUUAUAACGAGGUUUUAAGGGAAAUAAUUUGUCGCACUUACGGUUGCACGAUUAUCAACGCAAUAAGCUCCUCCAUCGCCAAUCAGGUGCCCAGCUAUGAGCCUCACAUGAACUUAUUGCCGGCAGCGUGUAGCGUCGAAACACUGAACGCCAUUUUUCUUAUACACAUUCCAUUUUUACCGCAUACCUUAAACGACUGCAUCACUUUUAGUCCAGCUAUUUUAGAUAAAUGUUAUACGAAGCCUUUAUUUAUUAUUUAUCAACUUUUACACAGCCUAAAAUCGUUACACAACAAAAGCUUGACGCUUGGUGACAUCACGCUAAAUGAUAUUUAUGUAACCGAAGAUCUCUGGAUUCACAUAUUUCCGCAGCUCCUCUCAAAUUUGCACGUGCAAGACGUGCACAAGUACGAUAUUAAUAAGAAGACUGUCAAUAUUAUCGAUUGUCGCAAGUUUGGUCACUCGUUCGACUCCAAUUUGAAAUGUACCAGCUGUGGGGCGAGGACUUACGAUAAAUUGCAGGUGACGAACGAGAGUUUAGAACAGCUUUGUCACCUAUGGAUCGAAGGACAAAUAUCAAAUUUCACCUACAUAUCAGCGUUGAAUAAGCUCUCAGGACGCAAGCUGGGCGAUCCUCACUGUCACUACGUGUUCCCAUGGGUCACCGAUUUUGCGUCGCGCUGCGGGAAAAACUGGCGCGAUCUCAAGAAGUCCAAGUAUCGUCUGAAUAAGGGCGAUCGACAGCUCGAUCUAACCUACGAGCAUUCGCACGCCCAAGUUCCUCAUCACGUGUCCGACGUUUUAUCGCCCAUCACCUAUUACGUGUACAUGUCGAGGCGGACGCCCCAGUCGGUUUUGUGCAGGAACGUUCGUACCAUCUGGGUACCGGCCGAAUAUCCCAGCUCCAUUCAGCGGUUACAGGAGUGGACGCCCGACGAGUGCAUACCGGAGUUUUUCACCGAUCCGACGGUCUUUAAAAGUAUUCACGACGAUUUGGAAGAUUUAGAGGUGCCCCCUUGGAGUAGUAGUCCCGAAGAUUUCGUGCAGCAGCAUCGAGAGAUAUUGGAGAGCGUGUACGUCUCCGAACGCUUGCAUCAUUGGAUCGAUUUAACCUUUGGAUAUAAAUUAUCUGGUACUGCGGCGGUUAAAGCGAAGAAUGUGUGCCUCCACUUGGUCGAUGACCAUGCCCAUUUGACUAAGUCUGGUAUCGUUCAGCUAUUUGCACAUCCCCAUCCGUCCAAAACGAACAAGUCUCCCUUUUCGGGGAAAUUGCCACCAAAAAUUUAUGUGCAUAAACAUAAACAUCGUCCCACGUCGAGGGAAUCGAGACCAUCAACCUCCGUCGAGGCAUCAAAAAGUGAAGAGGAGGAGUUGUCGAUCGACGAAGACUGCACUACUCCACAAUUAAAAACGUCGCCCCUCGCUCUUAGCCGUUUCCUCUCGCGCAGUCGGUUAUCGUUAGCCGAAGAAAAAGAACCAAAACCGUCACGAAGUCCGAGCAGCGGUCAACGGAGUACCAGUUUAGGCCCCAAGACUCCCACGUUUACCUCGCACGUAACGAAAUCAUCAAAUCGCCUAUCCAUCCAAAAACCGUGUCUAAGUACCGGCACCAUUUAUCUACCUAAAGAGUACAAUCCCGCUUUAAACCUAGCAAAUCUCGAAAAUCUCCACGGCUUCAUCUCGAAAACAUUCCUAUCCCAUCAGCUGAGCGUUUCCGUUUCAUCGAAAAAUAGCACGCGAUGUACCGCGAAGGCCGAAGAUCACGACGACAGUUACAUCCAAAACGCGUUCACGAAUCGUAUUUUCACAGAGGGCUUCGAAGCCAGACUAUACAACCAGCGCGCUAUAAAAUCUUACAGUUUUCCGAUCGACAAUCGCGAACAGUUUACAAGAGUACCAAACUGCAAAAAGAACGAGAACCAAAUCUCUUGCAAUUACUCCGCGAUUAUAACGUCUCGCCGGAUUAAGGAGUUGCAAAUUCUAGGAUGUUUGAUAGUCGAGUUGUUCAUGGCUAAGCAGCUAAUUGCGCUUGGCAACAACGCCCUAAACUUAUCUUUUAACGAUCGUCUCAAGGCAUGCCUCGCGGUUACGAAGAUGUGCAAACAUGAGAUUCCGCCUUGUGUUCGGUACAUUCUCGAAAUACUUCUCCCCGAGAACUCCCAAUCAACAACGUUCCAAUAUCCAACCGUUACAAAUUUCGGGCUUCCACCUCCAAGCGCCCACUUACUCUUAGAGCCGCUGCUUCAUUGCGUAGUACCAUUCCCGAAAUCAUUUUCGAAGUUGUAUUAUCUGAUAUCCUCGCUUAAGAACUUCGGUAGCGUUUCCCAAGAGCUUUUGGUGUUGUACCAUUUCGAUUGCGACGGCCAAAUGUGCUUGGAGUACGAAAAUUUGGAACGUACGAAAAUUCUAUUUGCUCAAAAUAUUAGCGAGUGUAAAGUGAAACGUUGUGCUCAAAAUUUGGAGAUUCUCCUCAAUAAUUUAAACGUUAACUCCGACUCGGAAAUCGUACACAUUUUGCUACCCAACAUUAAAGAUCUGCUCGAAGAGCCUUCCACGUCCGUUCUCUCCGCUUGGUAUCUUUUCGACAUGAUCGCGCGCAUGCUCGGUACGCAAAAGACUUCGGAAACGUUACUCACUUCGAUGUUGAAGCUAUACGAAAGUGAGCCCAACGAGACUACCAUACCGUACAAUAGUAAGAUCGCGAAAUUGUACCAUCACAGUUUUUUGCUGCGAUUGAUGGUUCGAUUUGGUUUGAAGUGUUUUUUGGAACAGUUCGUUACGUCGCUCGUCGAAGCCGUCGGUGGUUAUCGAGACUAUGAUAGAGCCGAUUUCAUUUUGCAUACCCACAACAAGAAGAUACUGAAGAAAAUGUCUAAUUUAAGAUCUAUAGACUCGGAACAGAGUGAGCUCUCGCCCAGCGACGACUCCAGUUCGUGCUCCGAUAAAAACUUGCCAAGCUCGAAAACGCAACCGACUGCGCCAGUAGCAAGCGAGCCUGAAAUGUUCGAGUUCGACCAGGAAGACGAUCGCGCAAGCGACAACGGACAAUCGCUGCAAUCGCUGAUCGAGCACUUGGAGUUGAACGUCGCCUCCGAUUUACCAUUUAACCAUUCGACGGCAGAGGAAGCGCUCGACGCCACGCUAACCGAAAACAUCGAGCAACUUCGUAGUUUGGAGGAGUUAAAUUUAAACAUCAACGACGAUUAUUUGGAAGGCAACUGUUUAUCGUCCACGAUUCCGAUUCCCAGCUACCGCCCGGGCGAGUUGACUAAUAUAAGCUGCGAAAUCGGAAGUAAAAGGAGCGAGACCGAUUACAUUUACGACAAACAGUCCGACCCCCAACACUUCGAGAUGAGUUCGCCGAACACGCAGGCGAGUAAUUUCGAACGAAUCGAUCGGCAGUCGAACUCUAGUGGCUCCGUUUACAAUUACUCGAAGUCGUUUAUGAAGUUUAGAAAAAACGAAGCGAAGAUUUCCGACAUGAGCUCCGACAGUCUCAUUUGGUUGUCCCAUCGGCUCGGUCCCGUGUUGACGGCGAAGUAUUUGGCGCGGAACUUGCUGCGCAUGUUGACGUUGUGUUAUGUAGGUAAGGAGAGUCUCGUUUCGCUACCGCGCGAAGGUAACGAGUGCGGAAGUAAUGAGCAUGUCGAGCCGAUUACGAUAGCGUCCAGUCGAGUUGUCGGCGAUCAGAACGCCACCAAAGUCUUGGACUGUCUGGCGAAUAUUGCAGCACUUUACGGAGAGCAACUAAUUCUUUUGCAAUAUUUCCCACACAUGAGCGAGUUGAUUGCUUUGUGUAAGAAGCGUUUGACGCCGAACUUGGAAGGGGGACUUAUAUCGAGUUUGGCGCUACUUCAAUACAUCAUUCCGUAUCUGUGCGAUACGACGUUUAUGGAUCACCUUCAAGAUGUCAUUUUGAAAAACAUUUUGCAUCCAACGGUUCGCCUCCUCGGCUCCACCAGGUAUACAUUUCCAAACGGUGCGCUGGCACGGAAUGUGCUGGCACGAAAAUACGUAGAUACCGUCUACCUGCUAUCGCUGCGAAUGGGAGCGCAUAUGACGAAAACCCACCUGGCCGUCCCAUCCCUACAACGGUUCUUUUUAAUCUUCGACAAAGCGAACGGUGACACCAGUUACACGACGGAGGACGUCAUCUCAAAGAAGAACUCAACUCAACGGGAUCACAGCCCUUUGCGGUCCAUUGAGGAAACUCACUUCAUAGAGGUUCGACGAGAUGGGACUACGGCGGAGUGGGCGGUAGGUGGGCGGCCAUUCCAGAUACGUGUGAAAGAUUCGGAGUCGGUCGAUAGUUUGUCGCCGCCGCCUUUCGGGAAGAUUUCUACACCGAGCACAGCGGACGACAUUCCCAACCAGGCACUGCAAGAGCUGCGGACGGUGUUCACCUCCGAAUUGGCACAUACAGCUUACGUUCCAUUUCUCAGACAGAUCGGAGUCGACUCCUUAGAGCUCUCUUUAAAGAAUCACACCGUAAUUAAAAAUCUCUGCCAGGAAUACGAGCACGAAAUCAAACUGACCUAUCCGAACAUUUCGUCCAGUUGGCAACUUUCCGAUUCUCACGCGUACGCGGCGAGCAACAGCUCGGGCUGUAAUGCGGCGGUGGUCGGUAAUCGUAUCGAUGUGCAGGGCGAGGCGUCGGUCGACGUUCUAAGUCUGAUCAGCAACAAAAUGGAGAAUACAGCCCGCCAUCUUCGUGGGAAUUGGUUGGCUUACUGGGAGCACGAGAUCGGACGAUCCGACAAGGACACGAUGUUUAACUUCAAGCAAAUUCGUCUGCAAAGCUUUAACGGUCAUCUGAACAGCGUGAAAUGCUUGACGGUGUUGGAUAACGAAAAUAGCUUCAUGAGCGGCAGCCGGGAUAAGACCGUGAAACUGUGGUCGUUGCGCAGUCAGGGGGACGGUUCGAGCGUGUCAUCCUGUCAGUGGACCUACACGGCUCAUCGCAAAUCCGUGCUAAGUCUAACGUUCAUAGAGAGCAUGCGUCUGGUCGCUUCAAGCGACAGCGUCGUGCACAUCUGGGAUCCGUACAUGGGUGCGAACGUCGGGCACCUCGAAUCUUCCAAGUUUCCGCCGGUUAACGUAUUGAAGUGCAUGCCCGCCCCGAGCACCAUCCUGUUCGCCGCGACAACCGAAGGAACUGUUCGCGUUAUUGACGCCCGAAUCUGCAACUAUGUCUACGAAUUAAAGAUUACUGUAAAUCCCGCCGGCCUAAUACGAUGUUUGGCGGUGUCGAGUUCGGGACUGUGGCUGGCCACAGGACAAUCAUCCGGGCACAUCACCGUAUUGGAUACUCGGACCGGACUCGUCAUUUCCACCUGGCGAGCGCACGAAAGUGAGGUUUUGCAGUUGGUUUCGCAUGGGGAAAAUACCCUCAUUUCUAGUAGUUUAGACCAAGUCAUUAGUGUUUGGAAUAUACACGAGGGCCGGUUGAAAUUUCAUAUGAGUAUUUACAUUCCCAGGGGAGCUACUGAGCCUGUCCAUUGCCUAAAUAUCUACAAUAAUGAAUUAAUCUCAGGCACGACUGCAAAUAGAAUAGGCGUUCACACAUCACUCCACAGUGACGCUUCAUUCUCGAGUACGAAACUGAGAUCUGAUGCCUUCAAGGGUUUAUUAACGUCCAUGGCAAUACUGCCUUUGAAUAGAUUACUACUAUUAGGCGCAGAUAAUGGAAAUAUUACAUUGUUAUGUUAACCCACAAUAAACUCGCAUAGUCAGAACUAUUAGGA